AUGGCAGGAGCCAAGGGAACUGAUUUCACAACAGGGAUCAACAAUCAUAACUUCGUGGUCGGCGUCACAUCCCAAUCGUUGUCGCUCACGGCAAGUCUGAAGGCGGCUCAGAUUGCCGCAGAUCUACUCUUGAUCCAGUCAACAUGUAAUACUAUUACCACCAGAAUACUUGUUCAGGCUUCUCUCAAGAGCUUCUAUGCGGGCAAUACAAGUGCGAGCAACUUUGAUGACGCUCGUACCGAUGUUUCCAGCGCCUUAGCUAGCGGCGGACUAUCAUCUCUUCAACAGGUGAUAAUAUUUUCUCGAAAUGCUACGGGUAAUUCGACGGGACUUUUGAGGGUAACGGGCAAGACUUCUGCAAUCGUCCUGCCGUAUUCAUCUUCGAAUGGCUCUCCAGUCAUACUUGGCGAUGAUGACGACGAGAUGGGUUACCCACCUGCACUCUAUCCGAACAUAACCUACAACUCGACGUCUACACCAGACCCACUGGAUCCUUCUGUUAAUUUCAUGAGAGCUACUGCUUUCUCGGACUUUCCCUUGAAUCAGUCAUCUGUGCUACUGCUAGGUCCAACACAAGUCAAUGCAUCAUUCGCCCUCAUUUCGGUGACUUUGCCACUAAUUGAUAACUCGAACCCAGAUGUUGUACUCGGUUUCAUGACAGUUGUAGCUGCUGCAUCUUCCCUCAUUGACGUCACAACUUCUCGAGAGGGCCUAGCAAAUUCAGGUGUUGUGCUUAUCGUUGGAUCCAGUCGGCGCGAGAAUCAUUUCACAUAUAGUGAUAGACCUGCAGACGGAGCCUAUGUACCAGCUCCUGGUGUUUUGAAAUCUACCAAAGUCAAGUUUAUCUUUCCUCCAGAUAAUUCACAGUCCAGACACAAUGUUUACACAUCAAACUUAACAAAGUACGGCGCGUCUAAUUUUAGCAUGGGUUCUUAUCCGGCGGCCUUGACUGGAUUUGGGAAACGCAAUUCGCAGGUCAAUCAUGCAGGUAGUCUUUUGACGACUAAAAACGAAAAUAAUGUGUCAGUCAGUGUGGGAUUUGCAAGACCGAACACUUCCCUGGCUGAUUGGCUUCUCAUCGUUGAACAAAGCCACGCGGAGGCUUGGGCACCUGUCACGACGCUUCGCAGAAUCUUAUACGCAUGUGUGUUUGGGACCAUGGGCUUCGUCAUCCUUGUGGUGCUACCCAUAGCUCAUUUCAGUGUACGCCCUAUACGAAGAUUAAGGGAUGCAACAGAGAAGUCAAUCACCCCUAUGGGAUAUACACCCAGUGGAGGGAGUUUGCGGUCCGAGGGACUCUACGAUGAUGCUUCUGACGGAGAAGCGGAUUUGGAAAAUCGGCCUGGCUCAAAUUGGUCAAAAAGGGGAGUUUUCGUAAGAUUGAGAUAUCUAACCACUGUUGGCCGACGGAAGACCAAGUUAGAGCAUAGCGAAGAGGAGAGGAGGAGAGGUUUCAAAAUCCCAGCGAAAGUUCCAGACCGGAAGCACUGGAUAACCGACGAAUUAACAGAAUUGACGACCACCUUUAACAGCAUGAGUGACGAGCUCGUCCUUCAAUACCAAAGUCUCGAAGAGAAAGUGGCCGAACGCACACAUGAGCUUGAGAUCAGCAAGAAAGCUGCUGAGGCCGCCAACGAGAGUAAAACUCUAUUCAUUGCAAACAUUUCGCACGAACUGAAAACACCCUUGAACGGAAUUUUAGGCAUGUGUGCAGUAUGCAUGGGCGAAGAUGACCUGCCCCGAAUAAAACGUAGUCUCCAGGUUGUCUAUAAGUCUGGAGACCUUCUCCUGCAUCUUCUGAACGAUCUUUUGACCUUCAGCAAGAACCAAAUUGGCCAGCAACUGAGUCUAGAGGAGAAGGAAUUUCGAUUAGUCGAUAUCAAGACGCAAAUUCUGACUAUCUUCAUGAAGCAAGUUCAAGAAAAGAACAUUGAUUUUGGAGUUCGGUUCAUUAGUACCGAUGUUGAGGGAAAUGCCAUUCUCCCGUCAGAAAAGGUCCUUCCUGCUCUUGGUCCACAAGGUAUGGGCAGGCUGAAAGAUAUGAGCCUCUGGGGUGACCAACAUAGGAUACUCCAAGUUAUCAUAAAUCUUGUUAGCAAUAGCCUGAAAUUCGCGCCGGAUGGCGGCAAAGUAGAAGUCCGAAUUAAGUGUCUGGGUGAAGCCGAGACUGCCAGCGACAAGGAUAGGAACUCGAUGGGGUCCGGAUCGAAACGAAGCUCACAGCGCAAUUCAAGGCCUCGCCAUGGUUCAGGCCAUGGCUCAGGCUCAAACACAUCUCAAAUAUCAAGGAACCCCAAUUCAGCUGGAAGCCCUGCUGGGACUGCACUGCUAAUCAAUCCCAUGGACCUCAGAGCUACUCCUCGAGUGCAAGUCAGGGAACGCUCGCCAACACCACCACCCUCGCAUGUCAAAACCUUUAUUUUCCAAUUCGAAGUGGAAGAUACAGGCCCUGGAAUUCCUUUACACCUUCAAGAGCGUGUUUUCGAACCUUUUGUGCAGGGCGAUCUUGGCUUGAGUAAAAAAUUCGGAGGAACUGGCCUUGGAUUGAGUAUCUGCUCACAACUUGCCGGUCUUAUGGGUGGUGAUAUCUCUCUUGUAUCCUCACAAGAACCGCCGAGCGGGACACUAUUCACCGUGAAAAUCCCUCUAAAAUUUGCGAAAUCCAGAGCACCAUCUACUUCCAGCUCAGACGUAUAUGGAUCUAGGCCCGUUAGUGUUUCCAAUGGUGUACAGCCAGAAGGGAACCCGGUAGCUACAGCAUCUAGUGAAUCAAGGCAAAGCAGCGACUUUGAGAAGGAUACACAGCCUAGGCUCAUUGGACUUAGCCAGCCAUUCUUUUCUUCGGUGUCUGCACCAUCCCCCAAGUCUAAAGAUGCAAAAGAGCCCCUUGCAGUACUUGGCAAAGCGACAGGAAAGUCGGCAGGAAAGUCGGCAGGGAAUUCGGCAGUAAAGUCGACGUUGAAACUUCGAGUCUUGGUAGCUGAGGAUAAUUUAGUCAACCAGGAGAUCGUCAUUCGAAUGCUCAAACUCGAAGACAUCUAUGAUGUUGAGGUGGUCAUUGCGAAGGACGGCAAGGAGGCUUACGACAUUGUCAAGGAAAGUAUGGACAAAGGCCAGUACUUUAACCUCAUUUUCAUGGACAUCCAAAUGCCGAACCUUGAUGGCCUCCAAAGUACCCGGUUGAUUCGUCAAAUGGGCUAUUCAGCACCAAUCGUUGCUCUAACGGCCUUUGCAGAAGAAAGCAAUGUCAAAGAAUGUUACGACUCUGGCAUGGAUCAUUUCCUGAGCAAGCCGAUUCGUCGGCCUGCGUUGAAACAGGUUUUGAAGAAAUUUGCCACUAUACCGGAAGAGACAGAAACUUCUUCAUUGACCGGAAAAAGUGACCCUCGAAAAGCAGAAGUGUCUACGGCACCCAGCCCACCAGACCUUCCUACUAUAUCACAUGAGCAUGGCACAACUCAAUCCUAA